AUGGCUGCGUCGAAGGCAGCGAUGGUGUCGGCGUCAAAGCACAAGGUGUCCCUUAAUAUUGGCCAGCAGACCUUAUACGCCGCCAAGCGGGCAUUGGGAGACCCGCCCUUGGCUGUGCCGUUUCCAAACCCGAAGAGACUGGCUCCAGGCGCGAAUGCGCCGCCGGCGAUGGAGAGGGUAUGA